CUAAGACUCUUGCAGAGUUCUGCAUGUGUCCGAGAGGACACCCCUCCACCUUCCCCUCGGACACAUCCACCUCCAAUGUAGAGGCGUCUGUCCAGGUCGAUCUCCACACCAUCGUAUCCCUUGGGAUUUUCUACGGCACUGUAUCUCCACUCUGCCACAAGACACAGGAGUUGCAUCAGGCCAGUCGUUCUGUUCCUGGUUGUAUAAACCGUGGCCACCUCCUCCACCCCAGUUUAUCCUGGUCACGGAGAGAGGCUCCAAUCCAGUUAACGCUCACCCGGGAAAUCUGCUCCGCACCCUCUUACUAAAGUAAGGUUGUGAAUUAUUAAAGAAAUCGCUGCUCCAAAGGUACCGUUCAGAAAUCUGAUGGCGGAGGGGAAGAGGCCGCUCCUAAAACUGUUAAGUUUGGCUCUUCAGGCCCCUGUAAGUCCACCCCAAUGGGGGUCACAAGAAGAGGGCAUGUCCCGGAGAGGGCGGGGCCUGAUUAAUGAUAAAUAUCUCGUACCUUGUACCUUGUACACUCCCCUUUCCCACCUUGUGUCACUACCUUUGAGGGUCUUCAGAACUCCAGCCAACACCUCCCGUUCGUUGGUACUCCUCAGGGACCCUCCGUUGUGGGAGGUCCAAGUGUUGUCAGGGCUGGAGGAUUGUCACGGAGAUGGUGAGAAGCAAAGGGGCAGAAGGAGGUCACAGGAAAAGGAGGAGGUGUGGGGCUAGGCGGGAGGGAAAGCCUCCGCCCCCGCAGGGCUUCUCCAGGUGUUUGGUAAACAGGGACAGCUUCUCUGUCGUCUCCACACCGUGUCUCCCUCAACUGCUUCCUUAUUUGGAGAUGAGUCAGCGUGACCGAGGGGGCUCCCUCGUUCAGUUUACCUGGUUACCGUUGCCAGGGUGGAAGGAGGAACAGGGAAACUGAGAAAGCUGACGGGGAAGGGAGGUGGGAGGGAGGGAGGGAGUGAGGGAAAGGAAGGAAGAGGAUGGUGGGGAGAGAGAGGUGGGGCAGGCCAUGGAAAGGUGGCUGAAGGCCCACCUCUGCACACCCUCUUCCACCCCUCACCUCCUCAGACCAUUUACUUUCUCUCCUCCCUCCUCCCCACACCCCCUCCAACUCCCUUCCUGAUUCAUGCUUCCUGGCAACGGUUGCUGGGAAGGCAAAUGAGGGAAACCCUUGCCUGUAUUUUCCAGCCUCCUCCGCAGAGCAUGGGGAAGGAACCGAGGGAGGGAGGAGCUGUACAAUAUAAAGGGGGAAGCCUGGAGUCUCCACACUCCAGUAUUGAGAAAGACUCAGAAAGAUGUCCAUCCCAGUGGUGAUUCUGUUCAUGAUGCUGAUGACCGGCCCACAAGGAGCGGAGGCACGGCUUCGGAAUGCGAGGCAGCUGAGGACUCGGAGGGAGGCUAGCUGUAAUGAAACGAGUCCAUGCAGCCUCAUGGGGCACAGACCCGCCCAGACCUUGAAUCUGGACAAAUGCACAGCAGACGACUACACCCGCCCAGACCAACUCAAUGAGCUCGCCCUCUCCCCAUGGACCUACAAGAACUGCUACGAUGAGAACCGUUACCCGGAGAACAUCCUGGUGGCGGUAUGCAAGGGGAGGUUCUGUGAGCAGCCGCUGGCGGAGAUGCGCUCUGUCCCUAUCCACCACGUCAUGGAGGUGACUUACCGCUUCUUGGAGCAGGGCGAGCAGAAAAACUGCAUCGAUCACCUGGAAGUGCCCAUCGGGUGCACCUGCAUCCCGGACUAGACCGGCAACUCAAGAGCCCUUUGCCCUUCUGCCCCGUGCCGACCCAGACCACCGCCUGAGCCAGCCCCAUUUCCCCGUCUGUGGUCAAUAACCCUGUGAACCGUUCCUGUCCGAGCACCUUUUAAAUACCGUUAAUAUAUCUGCCUCAACCACUUCACCUGGCAGCUAGUUCCAUGUACGGACUGCCCUCUGGGUAAAAAGAUUGCCCCUCAGGUUUUCUCCCUAUUAAACCUCUCCCCUCCCACCUUAAACCUGUGACAGGCUGUUCCUUGACUCCCUAACUGCGGAGGAAAAGACUGUGCGGGUACGAACACGACGAGACCCCGGCAACAACCGGCCAAUGCCUUUCAGUUAAUAAGCACUGACUUCAGUUUCUUGCCAGUACUCGGUCCCUCGGGCUCUAGCAAUAUCCUCGUUAGCCUCCUCGGCCCUCUUUCUAGUUUAAUUACAUCCGUCCCAUAGCUGGGUGACCAAAACUGUACACAACGUCUUGUGUAACUGCAAAAUGACAUCCCAGACUGACAAAGGCCAGCGUGCCAAACGCCUUAUCUACCUGUAAGCCUACUUUCAGGGAACCGUGCACCUGUACCCCUGGAUGCCUCUGUUCUGCAACACUCCCCAGGGUCCUGAUGUUCACUGUGAAAAAUCCUUCCUCCAGUUCUCGUCCCAAAGUGUGACGCCUCACACCUGCUUUCACUCCACCUCUCCCUCCCCUCCAGUCGACUGCCUCACACCUGCUUUCACUCCACCUCUCCCUCCCCUCCAGUCGACUGCCUCACACCUGCUUUCACUCCACCUCUCCCUCCCCUCCAGUCGACUGCCU